GCCUGUGAGACAAUUGGUGGAGAAGCCUGCUGGGCCGGCAUGUUCCCAGAAGCUAAACUUGAACAACAGCCUCAAAACUCUGCAGCAAGAGCUUCAGAGGAUAUAGACAGAGAAUAUCUCCAGUAUACUGAUGCAAAAACUGUUUAAAUUUGUACAGGGUUUUCCGAGGAGAGGCUUGUGAUGACCUCGGUGGAGCAUUCUGUGAGCGUGAGUAUCAGAGGGGAGUCUACUAGACAGAAAGACAAUGACAGAGACAUAGAGGAGAGACAAAUCCAUGUUGCAGAAUUUAUGUAUAUAUAAUGAUGUAUCCUAUAUAAAUAGUUCCUUAAUGAUAUAUACAUAAAGCUUUUUCACAGCUAUAUAAUAUCUAUUGACUCUCGGACUUAUACUUUGUAGCUGCCAUGAUUCCAAAAAAUGUUUAGGCAAGGCAGAAAGAGAUUCCAAAUACUACUUGUAAAAUUUAUGACAAGCUCCGUAAAUUCAAACAGAUUUUAAGGACUUUGACAAAACGAUUAAUCAAAUAAUGUGUAAAGAGUAACAGACAGAAACUUGCUGUGACAAAAAUACAUUAUUAUAUUCAGACCAACCAAUGCAUUUACCCAAAAAAAAAAAAAAAGAAUGCAUUUAUGAUGAAGUCUCUCUCUAUUGAGUAUUGAGAUUAGCAUAUUAUUUGUUUAUUGAUCACCGCCGCCCAUACUUGUCCCAUCAAGCAUAAGCAUUAAGAAUACCUCCCAUUUCGCCCACAACAACAAGAAUAGAGAGUUUCAACCAAAAAAAUAAGAAAGGGAAUUAUAUUUUGUGCCUCUCUAUUAUCUAUACAUAAAAUAAAAUAUUGAUUAUAAGUUUAAAACUUUAGGUAAACGUGGUAUCAGUUUAAAACUUUAGGUAAACCUUAUUUAUUAUAUAUAUAUAUCUAUAUGUGUGUAUAUAUAUAUAUAUAUGUAUGUAUAUUAUUGAAAUUCUUAGUUUAAGCAUCCUAAUUUAUAUGUAUAUGUACCUAAUUACAACAUUGAAGACUUUGGUUCGGUUUGGUUUUCCCUCGUAACUCAAGACUUCAGCGUUGCGCUUCUUCUUUCUUGUACCAUUUUCUCUCUCUUGAGCGACCAUGCAAUGCAACCACGCCACUUGAACGACAAGCCGUCUAGCCUAUUUUUCUCAUUCCAUGACACUACGCAGAACAAAUGCCUUCCAAAAACUUGCUUCUCUCACAGCCUUCCAAUCCCCAAAACUCUCUCUCCCUCCUCCCCAUAUUUCCAUCGAUGCCCGCAUUGUCAAAACGGGCUUUGAUCCCGAUACAUGCCGCUUUAACUUCCACAUAAACAGUGCUGUUCAACGAGGUGAUUUAUCCCAUGCACGCCGACUGUUUGAUCAGAUGCCUCACAGAAACACCGUCUCCACAAACAUGAUGAUUUCUGGGUAUGUCAAAGCAGGAGAUUUUGCUAGUGCUAGAGAGUUGUUUGAUACCCUGCUUGAACGUACACCAGUGACAUGGACGAUAUUGAUUGGUGGUUAUUCCCAGUGCAACAAGUUCCACCAAGCAUUUAAGCUUUUUGCUGAGAUGCAUACCUCAGGAGCGGAGCCGGAUUAUGUCACUUUUGCAACUCUGUUAUCUGGAUGCAAUGACUUGGAGACUACCAAUGAACUAAUUCAAGUUCAUGCGCAUGCAAUCAAAUUGGGUUAUGAUUCUACCCUCAUGGUUUGCAACUCCUUGCUAGAUUCCUACUGCAAAGCUUGUCACUUGGAUUUAGCUUUCCGCCUCUUCAAGGCAAUGCCCAUUAGAGACUGUGUCUCAUUCAAUGCAAUGAUUACGGGGUACUCAAAGGGCAAGUUGAAUGCAGAAGCAAUUGAGCUCUUUAUGGAAAUGCUGGAUUUGGGUUAUAAGCCUUCAGAAUUUACCUUUGCAGCUGUCCUCUGUGCCGGUGUUGGUUUGGACGACAUAGUGUUUGGGAAACAAGUUCAUGGUUUUGUAGUGAAAACCAACUUCAUUUGGAAUGUGUUUGUGGCAAAUGCAUUGCUUGAUUUCUACUCAAAGCAUGAUUUGGUAGUGGAAGCGAGGAAACUUUAUGAUAAGAUGCCAGAGGUGGAUGGUAUUUCUUACAAUGUAAUGAUUGCUGGGUAUGCAUGGAACGGGCAACUGAGAGAAUCUCUUGACCUUUUCCGUGAGUUACAGUUUACCAAUUUUGACCGGAGGCAAUUCCCUUUUGCAACCGUGUUGAGCAUAGCAGCAGUUUCUUUAAACUUGGAAAUGGGUCAGCAAAUCCAUUCCCAGGCCGUCGUAACAGCAGCUGAUUCAGAAAGUCUGGUUGCGAAUGCUUUGGUUGAUAUGUAUGCCAAAUGCAACAGAUUUGAGGAGGCUCAAAAAAUAUUUUCUUGUCUAGCCCACAGAAGUACAGUUCCUUGGACAGCCAUGAUCUCAGGGUAUGUUCAAAAGGGUCUUCAUGAAGAAGCCCUAACACUUUUCAAUGAGAUGCAAAGAGAAAAUGUAUGCGCUGACCAGGCCACUUUUGCAAGUAUCUUAAGAGCCACUGCAAAUUUGGCUUCACUCUCAUUGGGAAAACAGUUACACUCAUGUAUAAUUAGAUCAGGAUUCAUGUCUAAUGUAUUUUGUGGAAGUGCACUCUUAGAUAUGUAUUCAAAAUGCGGCUCCAUGAAAUAUGCACUUCAAACUUUUCAAGAGAUGCCAAAGAGGAAUCCAGUCUCCUGGAAUGCUCUUAUAUCAGCUUAUGCACAAAAUGGGGAUGGUGAGGGCACUUUUAGAUCAUUCAAACAGAUGGUUCAAUCGGGCUUUGAACCAGACUCAGUAAGCUUUCUCAGCAUUCUAUCUGCUUGCAGUCACUGUGGGUUUGUAGAAGAAGGACUACAAUACUUCAAUUCCAUGAUUUCUACCUACAAAAUUGUUCCAAGGAAAGAACACUAUGCAGCAAUGAUCGAUAUUGUGUGUCGAAGUGGACGGUUUGAAGAAGCUGAGAAGUUGUUGGCUCAAAUGCCUUUUGAGCCUGACGAGAUUAUUUGGUCAUCAGUUCUCAACUCAUGCAGAAUUCACAAGAAUCAUGGACUGGCUAUUAAAGCUGCUGAUCAACUUUUCAAUAUGGUGGAGCUUAGAGAUGCUGCGCCGUACGUGAACAUGUCGAAUAUUUAUGCGGCAGCAGGUUCGUGGGACAGUGUUGGGAAGGUGAAGAAGGCAAUGAGGGAUAGGGGGGUGAGAAAGGUUCCGGCUUAUAGUUGGGUGGAAGUGAAACAUAAAAUCCAUGUAUUUACAGCAAAUGACAAGACCCAUCCAAUGAUGGAGGAGAUCAUGAGAAAGAUUGAUGAAUUGGCAAAGCAAAUGGAAAAGGAAGGAUAUAAACCAGACACAACUUGUACCCUGCAAAAUGUUGAUGAGGAAAUGAAAGCAGAGUCCCUCAAAUAUCACAGUGAACGGUUAGCGAUUGCUUUUGCACUGAUUAGUUCACUAGAGGGAUCACCCAUUGUGGUGAUGAAGAACUUGAGGGCUUGUACAGACUGCCAUGUUGCAAUCAAGAUCAUAUCGAAGAUAGUAAAAAGGGAGAUAACUGUAAGGGAUUCUACCAGGUUCCAUCAUUUUAGAGAUGGAGUUUGCUCCUGUGGGGAUUAUUGGUGACUCUCCAUUGCUGUAAAACAAUUAUCAAACCCCCUGGAGAAAAUAGUGGAAUUCUUCUUCAAGAUAAUAGAAAACAGCAGAUCAACAUUGGCAUACUUGAAGGUUUUCAAUGCUGAUUUAAAAAAGGAUCUGUUUUCUGUCAAUCCCAGUAGAUUUGUCAAGAUGGAGAGCUUGAACAACAUUUGGAAAUUUGGUAAUGAACUUUGAGGGUAAUCACAAGUCUCUCAGUUUCAAAAGUGGUUAACGGUUGCUUCAGAAUUGGCUAAAAACGGACCAGGUCAAAGUGUGAGCAUAUGAAUGACCUUGAUCUUUCAAAAUGCCCAGCUGAAAUAAGGCCAAAGGACAGAUUUGAUUGCCAAUAAGAUAACAAAUUUGAAAGCCUGAACUUCAACAUGUUGAACUUGGACUCAAAAUAACAGAAAAUGUGAACAAAGAUCAGAAAUGGCAUGUACCAUAUGAAUGUGGUGUACCAGAAAAAGAAAAUGCAAAUAUUGUGGGUAACAUGACCGGUAACAAGUAUAGUGGUAAUAGCAUCAGCAACAAAGACUUCAGCAACAACAGCAAUAACAUUGAAACUGCCAACUCAACAAUGCUUUCGAGAAAAGGCUGAAGACCCUGCCAGCAAUAGAGACACUUCUGUGUAAUGAGGUGCUCAGAUUAUAAAUCUUAGUAGUAACAAUGAAAUGAUUCAGGAAGAUCUAAGGCAGCAGUUAAUUGGUUUACCUCCAAGAUAUAGGGAUUAUUUUCGGGCAAUAACACCAAGCAUGGCUCUGUUUCUUACAACUAUACCACUCACCAGUUGCAUGGGAUUUUUGAGGUUUGUUCUCCAACUGGUUGGUUGAUAUAUUGAUAUAAGUAUGAUACUCUGCAUGUGUCUCUUCUCUAACAUUCACGGUCAAGAAUGCAUCAUUUGCAUUCUCAUCAUUCUUGCCUUGGUAUGAUGAAUAUUGAUGUUUCAAAUUUGGCUUCAGUUUGGCAUGUUUUGGAAGAGUUUCCCUUAUACGUUGAUGAUUCUGUAAAGAGCAAUUUUUUUUUUUUUUAAAUUUAUUUAUUUAUUUAUUUAUUUAUUUUUUUUGAGAGAGAGAGGGAGAGAGAGAGAGAGAUCACCUUUGGAGGGAAACUCUUUUCUGAUAGUUGUUAAUUAUGGGUCUAGAAGCCAGACGUGAUUAUAUUUCUAUUUUCUUUUUUUUGUAUCCCAAAAAAGAUGUAACUUUCAUUUAUUUAUGGUACCAUGAGGUAGAUUGAUUUUGUAGUUUC